AUGUCCGCCUCAGAUGUGAAGAUCAAGUUCCUGGCCUACAACUUGUGGUCCAAUGAGCACGUCGCCGUGUAUCGAAGGAUGCACUCCAUUUCUGAUCUCAUAGCAAGCAAUGACCCGGACGUCAUCUUCUUGCAGCUGACCAAGCUCCAUGCAGGGGACGAUCGAUGUGACAUCAUGCCAGAGCCAUGGCUGCGGCCACCAGGAGAUCCAGCGGGUUUGUUAUCGGCGUUCCUUGACUGGAAGCGCCCCACAGACACCGACAGAGACGCCGUCAAGGACCGCAAAAAAAAGAACCGCCGCCUGCACCCGAUGUGCUGCGACUGCGAGCACAGGCUGCACGCGGCGACGUGCCGCUUCCCCGGGCCCACUCAGUCGGACAUUCGGUCCGUCGACAGAAUCGGCAGAGCCCACGAGUACUUCCGGCACUUCGCGAACUGCUCCGAUCACAACGCGGUGCUCGCUGGCGACAUGAGCUUGGACGACGACCUCGACGGCCCCUUCCCCAUCCCCGCGGGGUCGGGGUGGGUGGACGCCUGGUGCGAGCUGCGGGCCAGCGACGUGGCCGGAUGGACGUACGACUCGGUGGCGAACCCGAUGCUCCGGGGGUUCAAGCCGGGGCUGACGAGGCCGGACAGGUUCCUCUGCAAGCUCAGGGACUUCGACCUGUACAGCAUCGAGAUGGUCGGCACAGAGGCCAUUCGAGGCGUUACCUACUACGACGACAAUGGGGACUUGCUGCCGGUUCUUCCCAGCCAUCCCUUCGGCCUGCUGCUUACCAUCUCGUCCAAGCAGGCUUAG